AUGGCGCCUCGCACUGAGCAUGAGCCCGAAAAGCAUCACCGCAUCAACCCUGGUGCUAGAGAUCGUCAAUAUCUCAACGCACACACUGGUGCUGGUGUCAAUAAACAUCGCCCUGUCAGCGGUAGAGGAAACAACCGCGCCAGUUCUGCUUACCAAACAAGCCACCGCCAUACUCAUGUCUCGUCUCCCGAUGUACGUGCCGUAGAGCAUCCCAAGAUCCACGACGACAGCAAUGUCACUGGCAAACUUCAUACCCAGCACUACAACACUCAUCUUCAUCUUCCCAACAACACUGGCCCCAGCUCUCCAACCACCACCACCACCGCUACUCCCCGUCCUCUCACCACCAAACCCCCCAGCACCAGCAUCAUCACCAACCGCAACAUCAUCCCCGUCCCCAGACCCCCUCUCCUAGCCAAACGCCGCCGCUGCAUCGACCCCGUCAAGCGCGCCUUCACAAACCACAAUCUACGUGCCAUCAUGGCGGAUAAACCGUGGCCGACGCAGCGCAAGAAGGCGAGUGCAGAGAAGAUGGUGUUGAAGAUGGGGAUGAGGAGGGAGUAUAAGUAG